ACAAUUAGUUUAUUUAUCUGGGCUUUUUAAAAUCUCUUUUUCUUUCUCUCUCUUCUUUCCCGAAACGAAAUGCAAGCGGCGGUGGUUUCACCACACUCGUCCUCAUUCAUACCCGCCACUACCAGAGUAAAAUUCGUCGGUUACAGUUCGAUAAAAAACCUACCAAUCAAAAACCAGCGGCGGCGAUUGUCGUUGAAUCUUCGUCAUACUGAUAGUAUGGCAGCUCCAUCACCAUCAUCUGUUGGAACUGCUCCCAAAUGGGCUCAGAUGACUGUAACCAUCCCCGCCCAGCGGCGAGGCUGCCAUCUCAUCACCUCCAAGAUUCUGAGGGAUAUUGGGCAGGAUUUAUCAGGGUUUAAGUGUGGCCUUGCUCAUUUUUUUCUUCAGCACACGAGUGCUUCGUUGACUGUGAACGAAAACUACGACACCGAUGUUAGGGCUGACACGGAGACGUUUUUGAACAAAGUAGUUCCAGAGGGGCGAUCUGCACCGUGGAAACACACACUAGAAGGUCCAGAUGACAUGCCGGCACACAUCAAGUCAUCUAUGUUUGGCUGCUCCCUCACGAUACCUAUCACAGAUGGAAAACUAAACAUGGGAACUUGGCAGGGAAUAUGGCUAUGCGAGCACCGUGAUGCUGCUACUCCGCGCAAAGUUGUGAUCACCCUUAAUGGGAUAUAACUCAUUGCAUUAGGCAUGCGCGGAACUUGGAACUGUGAGACACUUCAAAGUAGCAAAUUAAUUUUGCAAUCCUAUCUUUCCUUGUUUCAACAACAAACUAAUGGUGUCUAUUAAAAUAUGUAAACUUUGUAACUCUUUUCCAGUGUGUGAAUGCGUUCAAUUCCCAUGAUUUUCCCAGAAAAAAAAAAAACGAGUCAAGCUCUUUUAAAA